CGCUGCCCACUAACCAUGCGCAACAGGGCAGGUGGGAGCCUAUGGAAGGAGCAGGACUUUUGGAAAGUGGAACAGACGCACUCCGGGAGUCGUAGUUCAGAACCGCUGCGCAGGCGCAGUGGCUUCCGCGGGCUUGCGCGCGCAGCCGCUGCGGGACGAGCUUCUGGAAGCUCAUUGCGGUGGCGUUGGAGCUGGCUGCGGAUGCUGGUGCAGUUUCUGCAAGACUGUAAACUGGAUCCCUGGAGUCCUUGAUGUUUUGCUGCGUAUAGUGCCUGUUAGUGGACUGUGCUGAUACUUCAAUAGUCUAAAGGGACCGGAUUCCUGCUUGUGAUUCACAAAGUGCAAGCUGU